AUUGAGUCCGAGUCAAGCCCUGACUCGCCUCGACUUGCUGGGUUUGUUCUUGAUAUGUUUUCUACAUCAAUCAUAGAUGAGGCCAAUGAAUUUGGUGUUCCCUCUUAUAUUUUCUUUACAUCUGCAGCAGCUUGUCUUGGUACUACGUUCUAUAUUCAGGCUCUCCAUGAUGAGCUGAAAGUUGACCCUACUGAGUUCAAGAACUCGGAUGUUGAAUUGGUCAUGCCGUGUUUGGCGAGUCCCUUUCCAGCAAAGGUUUUACCAUCUUCGGUACUUGGCAAAGAUUUGCUGCCUCUUUUUCUUCGCCUGGUUAGAAGGUUCAGAGAAGCCAAGGGAAUUAUGGUAAAUACAUUUUACGAGCUGGAAUCUCAUACGAUCAACUCUUUCUCUGAUGGUAAUUAUCCUCCUGUUUAUCCAGUUGGUCCCCUUUUGAACCUCAAUGGCCAUGAACAUGAUGAGCUGUCAGAUAGAAAAGAUAUUCACAGGGAUAUCAUGCAAUGGCUUGACCAUCAGCCUUCAUCUUCUGUAGUCUACCUGUGUUUUGGGAGUUUGGGAAGUUUCGGUGUGGAGCAAGUGAAAGAGAUCGCAUGUGGAUUGGAGCAAAGUGGACACCGAUUCUUAUGGUCUCUACGUCAACCUCCACCAAAUGGCAAGAUGGAAGCUCCGAGUGAUUAUGUGAAUCCUGCAGAAGUCUUGCCUGAAGGGUUCUUAGAUCGAACAUCCGAGAUCGGAAAAAUAAUAGGAUGGGCCCCGCAGGUGGAUAUCUUGGCUCACCCAUCUAUAGGAGGAUUUGUAUCGCAUUGUGGGUGGAAUUCUACGCUGGAAAGCAUCUGGUUUGAUGUUCCAAUUGCUACAUGGCCAUUGUAUGCUGAGCAGCAAUUUAAUGCUUUCCUAAUGAUUGUUGAAUUCGGCUUAGCAACAGAAAUUCAAAUGAAUUAUAGAAUGGAUGCUUGUCAAAUUGUUAGGGCUGAGGAAAUAGAGAAAGGAAUACGGGGUUUAAUGGAGAUUGACCUCAAGAAAAGGGAGAAGUUGAAGGAAAUAAGCGAAAGUAGUAGGAAGGCUUUGAUGAAUGAUGGAUCCUCGUACACUUGGUUAGGUCAUCUGAUUCAAGAUAUGAUAGACAACAUAGCAUGAGAAGAUAUGAUAGACAACAGG